GGGGUCGUGGCACAGCAACAGUCGGUAGUACUAUUGCAUUGAAGGCCAAACAUCAUUCUCCAUCUUCACACUCCAAGCUUUGCAGCUCGCUCCUUCUUCACCAAUCACCACCCAAGCUCAAUACGGUUUCUUCUUCAUCCUCAUUGUCACUGUAUCUUCUGGGUGUCUCAGUCUAUGCGAAAACAGAGAAAUGGGCUGUUUACAGUCCAAAACCGCCAAUGUUCAGUCACCAGACAAAGAGCCAUCCCACCCGGACUCCAAACCAGAUCUCGCCGAUGAAACCACCUUAGAUCAAGACCAAGUGCCUGCAUUCACUGUAUUUAGUCUUGCCGAGCUAAGAACCGCAACAAAUGGAUUCAGCAGUGAUUUGAUAGUUUCCGAGAGCGGAGAGAAAGCACCAAAUGUUGUAUAUAAAGGGAAGCUUAGGAGUAACCAGAUUGCAGCCGUAAAGCGUUUCUCCAAGCAAUCAUGGCCAGACCCGCAACAGUUCGUGGGGGAAGCUGCAGGAGUUGGAAAGGUUAGGCACAAGAGAUUGGUGAAUCUGAUUGGUUGUUGUGCUGAGGGAGAUGAACGUCUACUCGUAGCCGAAUACAUGCCCAAUGAUACACUUUCAAAGCAUCUCUUUCAUUGGGAAAAGCAACCCUUGCCCUGGGAAAUGCGAGUAAGAGUGGCAUGCCAUAUUGCGCAGGCUCUGGAACAUUGCAAUGCUGAAAACAAGAAAAUCUAUCAUGAUUUGAAUGCCUACAGAGUUCUGUUUGAUGAGGAUGGCGAUCCUCGAUUGUCUAGUUUUGGGUUGAUGAAAAACAGCAGAGAUGGAAAGAGCUAUAGCACCAAUCUAGCUUAUACACCCCCAGAAUUUUUGCGCACCGGAAGGGUAAUUCCAGAAAGUGUGAUCUAUAGCUAUGGAACCGUUCUGCUGGACCUCCUGAGUGGGAAGCAUAUACCUCCAAGCCAUGCUUUGGAUUUGAUAAGGGGAAAAAACAUAUCUUUAUUGAUGGAUUCAUCCUUGGAAGGACAAUAUGGCAAUGAAGAUGCUUCUGCAUUGGUAGAACUCGCUUCAAAGUGCCUUCAGUAUGAAUCUAGAGAUCGUCCAAACAUCAAGUUCAUUCUUACUGCUGUGGGACCCCUUCAAAAGCAAAAAGAGGUUGCAUCUCAUGUUUUGAUGGGUCUGACAAAAACCACCACCCCUGCUAUUGUGCCCAUCAUGCUCUCACCUCUUGGGAAGGCAUGUGCAAGGAUGGACCUUACAGCUGUGCACGAUAUUAUGCUCAAGACUGGUUAUAAAGACGAUGAGGGUGCAGAAAAUGAGCUUUCAUUCCAAGAGUGGACACAACAAGUGCAAGAUAUGUUGAAUACAAAAAAAUUUGGUGACAUUGCUUUUAGGGACAAGGACUUCAAGAGUGCAGUCGAUUACUAUUCAAAGUUGGUAUCCAUGAUGUCCAUUCCAUCUGGUACUGUUUUCGUGAGGCGGGCCCUCUCUUACUUGAUGUUAGGACAAGCAGAACUGGCGCUACGUGACGCUAUGCAGGCGCAGGUGUGCUUGCCAGAGUGGCCCACUGCAUUCUACAUGCAGGCCCUUGCCCUCUCAAAACUAGGGAUGGAAACCGAUGCCCAGGACAUGCUCACUGAUGGUGCCUCCUUUGAAGGAAAGAAGCUGAAUAGUUGGCGUAGCUAAACGGGUUAGAUUUAUAGUUCAGCUCUGACUGGGGCUUUCCACCAGUAUAAUGCGGGGGUUGCAAACUGAUGUUGUAGCUAGUAUAGUUUCCAUAUACGAAAUGUAUAGGGCGCGCGUAUGGCUCUAGCUAGCUCUCUCUGAAUCAUACUGGUUUGGAACCUACUUAACUCAUAACGUUUGUGUAUGUUAUUUUAUUUUGACCCAAGUAAAUGCUCUAAUAUCUCUUUUGCACUUGUGAUUAUCUAAUAAUGAUACUGAUUAA